AUGGCUGACGAAAUAACUUGGGCCACUGAGCCUCUCGCAACGGACCAUCGACUUUCUCUCUCACUUCAACGUUACAGAGCAUCCCAUGAAGCUAUCUAUAAUGUCAUCGGCAUCGGUAUCAUCUGUCCACCUUCUGUUAGUUCCGUCCCUACACUCAUCAUUCCUUUGAAGGAUGAGUAA